GGCAACGUAAUUGUUACUCAAAACAUGCACAUCUCGAUAAAGAAAUGGUUGUGCCUCAUGAUGAUGGAAACAUGGAGGGUUGGCUUUACCUCAUCCGAUUGAACAGGCUUGGCCUCCAGUAUUGUCGAAAACGGUACUUUGUUCUUGAAGAUAACUGCCUCAAGAGCUUCAAAUCAAUCCCCAUUACGGGAAGAGAGGAACCACUAAGAAGUGCAAUAAUAGACUCCUGCAUCCAUGUUAAAGACCAUGGAAGAGAGAGCUGCAACAGAAAAGUUUUCUUCAUUUUCACCUUGUAUAACACCUCUAACCAUAAUGAUAUACUCAAGAUUGGAGCUACUAGUCCAGAAGAUGCUGCUAGAUGGAUCCGUUGUUUAAAAGAUGCUGCAUUGAAUCCUGAAAAAAAUUUAAGGGCACCCGCGAUAAGAAAAUGGCAACCUUUCAGAUUGAGUGUGUCAAAGAGGAUGGCAAGAAAGAAGUCCAUAGAUUGGACCGAAGCAUCUUCUUCACAUGUGGAUGCAAUGACUUCUGAUGUUAUUGGCCCUUCACCGUGGAAGAUAUUUGGAUGCCAAAACGGCUUGCGGCUAUUCAAAGAGGCAAAAGACAGAGAUUCUAAUGGGAAGCACUGGGAUAGUCAUCCAGCAAUAAUGGCAGUAGGUGUAAUUGAUGGGACUUCGGAAGCCAUUUUCAAAUCACUCAUGACUCUCGGCCCAUCUAGAUCAGAAUGGGACUUCUGCUUCUAUAGGGGCAGUGUGGUUGAGCAUCUUGACGGACACACCGAUAUUAUCCACAUGCAACUAUACAACCAUUGGCUUCCAUGGGGGAUUAAACGAAGAGAUCUGCUGCUGCGGCGUUAUUGGAGAAGAGAGGAUGAUGGCACAUACGUGAUUCUUUAUCACUCUGUCGUCCACAAUAAAUGCCCGCCACAAGAAGGAUAUGUUCGCGCCACCGUUAAAAGUGGUGGACACGUUAUAGUUCCUGUAAACCAAGGCAAAUCAAGCAUUGUCAAACACAUGCUCUCUGUUGAUUGGAAGUUCUGGAAGUCAUAUCUUAGAAAAGAAACGUCUAGAUCCAUAACCAUUUGCAUGCUUGGGAGAAUUGCAGCACUGAGAGAGAUGUUUAAAGCUAAUUCUGGAAGCUACUUCCACAACGCUUCAUCAGGAGAGCGGACAAUAGAUAUCCAGUUACCUCUUAGUGAAAAAGAGGAGAUAAAAAAUGAAGUUUCUCAGGAAAGGAGUGAAGUGGAUAUGGAGAAACAUCCUUCGGGUCGGUCAAGUCUAGUCGGGUUGAAUGAUGUGACGGAUGAGUUUUUUGAUGUUCCCGAACCAUCCGAUGAUGAACAGUCAGAUCACGGAUGGUCUUCCGGUUCAAGUCCAGACUAUCAUGCGGAUCUAGCAGUCCAGAAGAAAGGGUAUGUUGACUUACAAGAAAUGGUCGUGGAAGAUGAAGCCACAUGCUGUUACGGUUCCACUCUUCCCAAAGAUGCCAGUUAUAGUCUGACCUGCAGUUGGGCAGCUGCUGACACAUCAUCGUUCUUAAUCCGAGGAGAGAAGUACCUGGAAGACCAUCAAAAGAUCACAGCAAAAGGAACAUUGGCACAAAUGGUUGGUGCAGAUUGGCUACAGUCUGACAUUCGCGAGGAUGAUCUUGCUGGUCGCCCUGGAAGCAUCGUGCAGAAAUAUGCAGCCCGGGAUAGACCAGAAUUCUUUUUCGUGAUCAACAUUCAGAUUCCAGGAGCAACAAGACACAACCUUGCUCUAUAUUAUAUGUUGAAAACUCCUUUAGAAGAGAACCCUUUACUCGAGCGCUUUGUCAAUGGAGAUGAUGCUUUCAGAAAUUCAAGAUUCAAACUCAUUCCAUACAUCUCCAAGGGGUCAUGGAUAGUGAAACAAAGUGUGGGUAAGAAGUCGUGUUUGAUUGGUCAAGCGCUUGACGUGCAUCAUUUCCGUGGCAAGAACUACUUGGAGCUUGAUGUUGACGUUGGGUCAUCCACGGUUGCAAGGGGAGUUGUCAAUCUUGUUCUAGGCUAUCUGAACAACCUUGUAAUAGAAAUGGCAUUCCUUAUACAGGCGGACGCAGCAGAAGAUCUUCCAGAACAGCUUCUUGGGACGUGUCGGCUUAACCAUUUAGACGCGUCCAAAGCUGUUCUUACCCACAACAUUUGCAGCUGCUAAUAUAAGGACUAACAGAUGGAGUAUGUAAGUGCCACAGAAGAGAGUGUAAAAAGUGUAAUUAGUUUGGUAAUUACAUGUUUUGGAAGUUGAUUUGAUUUAAUUAUUUUUUUUAAAUUUUCUCUUCAAAUUAUUUUUUUGGAGGUACACAUUAUUGUUACUUGUGGAAAAGUUGGUGAGGGAUAAGUUGUCCAU